AUGGGCGAGCAAGGAGAACACCACGCUGACUACGCGCAUUUCGAUGGCCUUCAACGCGAAGAAGCAUUGCAGUUGUUGCUAGACUCUUAUGCCGCUUUAGCCGCGGAUCAAGACAACUGGGUCUGCAAUCUGGCAAACGCUUCUUCUCUUCUUUGGCACGCAUACAGGUCGCUCCCCCUGGACGUCAACUGGGCUGGUUUCUACAUCUCUAGGACUGAGAACAAGCAGGAACUGCUGUUAGGGCCUUUUCAAGGUAAGGUUGCUUGUCAGACAAUAAGGGCUGGAUCUGGCGUAUGUGGAGCAGCUGCGCAAACCAAGGAAACGCAGGUUGUGCCCGACGUGAACAAGUUUCCUGGCCACAUUGCGUGCGAUGGGGAGACAAAGAGCGAAAUUGUGGUGCCAAUAUUGAGCGAUGCUGGGGAAUGCCUCGGAGUCAUAGACAUAGAUUGCCUGGAAUAUAACGGAUUUGGCGAAACGGAUAAAAAACAUUUGGAAGAACUCGCUAAUCUGAUCAGUAGAACCUGUAAAUUUUAA